GUGGUGAUGGAUAAUGGUGCACUUCAGGUGACAAUAUCGAAUCCAGGUGGCAUUGUCACCGGUAUUCAAUAUAAUGGCAUCGACAAUUUGCUUGCUGUUGAAAACGUUGAAGCUGAUAGAGGGUAUUGGGACCUUGUCUGGAAUCUAGCAGGAAGCAAAGGGACAAAGGGUAAAUUCGACAGGAUUGAGGCAACAAGUUUAGAGGUUAUAGUGGAGAAUGAAGAUCAGGUGGAGCUUUCGUUUACUCGGACAUGGGAUCAGUCCCUCGAAGGUGAAGUCGUCCCGUUGAACAUCGACAAGAGGUUUGUAAUGCUUAGUAAUUCCUCUGGAUUCUACACCUAUGCGAUUUUCGAGCACUUGAGGGAAUGGCCUGCUUUCAUCCUUGACAGAUUCAGGGUUGCAUUCAAGCUGAGAAAAGACAAGUUUCAUUACAUGGCAAUGGCAGACAACAGACAAAGAUACAUGGCCCUGCCUGAUGACCGUUUACCUUACAGAAGCCAAACCCUGGCAUAUCCAGAGGCUGUCCUACUCAUUGAUCCGUUGGAACCCGAGUUUAGAGGCGAGGUUGAUGACAAGUACCAAUACUCGUGUGAGAACAAGAGCAACAGGGUGCAUGGCUGGAUUUGCGACGACCCGCCGGUGGGGUUUUGGCAAAUAACACCGAGCGACGAGUUUCGAUCCGCGGGGCCUCUCAAGCAGAACCUUACCUCACAUGUCGGACCGACCACCCUUACUGUUAUGCACAGUGUUCAUUAUUCUGGAGAAGAUUUGUUAUUGAAAUUUGGAACUAAUGAGCCUUGGAAGAAAGUCUUUGGCCCCAUUUUCAUCUACCUUAAUUCUUUGUCGGAUCCUGGAGAUGACCCUCUUUCACUCUGGGAAGAUGCUAAAGAACAGAUGAGGAUUGAAGUUGAAAGCUGGCCUUAUACUUUCCCUGCUUCAGAAGACUUUCUUCAGUCUGAUCAAAGAGGCAAUGUCAGUGGCAGAUUACUAGUGAAAGAUAGAUAUGUUUGCAAUGAGAACAUACCUGCCAAUGGUGCCUAUGUGGGCUUAGCACCCCCUGGAGAUGUUGGAUCUUGGCAAAGUGAAGUCAAGGGCUAUCAAUUCUGGACCAGAACUGAUGAAGAUGGCUAUUUCUGCAUUAACGAUAUUCGGACUGCCGACUAUAAUCUGUAUGCUUGGGUCCCUGGUUUCAUUGGAGAUUACAGAUAUGAUGUUAUCAUCACCCCAUGUGAAGGGUAUGAUACUUACAUGGGCGAUCUAGUAUACGAGCCUCCAAGAGAUGGCCCUACGUUGUGGGAAAUCGGAAUCCCGGACCGAACUGCCGCGGAAUUUUACAUUCCCGAUCCGAGUCCCAUGUUCAUCAACAAAUUAUAUGUCAAUCAUCCCGACAGAUUUAGGCAGUAUGGGUUAUGGGAAAGAUAUGCAGAUUUAUAUCCCGAUGGAGAUUUGGUCUACACAGUUGGGGUCAGUGACUAUACAAAAGACUGGUUUUUUGCUCAGGUCACAAGGAAGGACGACGGUAACACUUAUCGAGGAACAACAUGGCAGAUCAAGUUCAAACUAGACCGUGCCGCGAAAGAAGCCGAAACGUACAAAUUGCGAUUGGCAUUGGCUACUGCACACGCAGCUGAGCUUCAGGUAAGGGUGAACGAGGAUGAUGCAAACUCACCUCUGUUUUCAAGUGGACAAAUUGGUAAAGACAACACGAUAGCCAGGCACGGCAUCCAUGGGCUUUACCGGCUUUAUAACGUCGAUAUUCCGGGGAAUCUGCUCCUCCAAGGCCAUAACAUCAUUUCUUUAAUUCAACCCAAAGCCACUAGUCCUUUCCAAGGGAUCAUGUAUGAUUACAUUCGAUUAGAGGGCCCUGCAUCCUCCAAUGCAAUCAAGAGACCAUAAUUUAUUGUCCAUGAAGCUGAUGUUAGAUAACAGGUUUGAACAAGUUUUUGCCAAGGAAAAUAAGAGCGUCACUUGCUACAUUUUAAUGGUUAUAAAAUGUAGCCAUGAUUUGCUUUAGGAGUUGGUCACGCAAACUAUAUAAUAAUACAUGGAAUCCAUAAAAUAAAAUAAAAUCAU